UCCGAUCGUGAUUUUGUGUGGAAAUUACUGGUGCCUAUUUUGGUGAACGCCGGUACGCGGUGUACGGUGCUCCCUUGAUGAUUGUGGUGCGCUAGGAAAGUUUAGAUACCGUCGACGGAUCCCAGGUGGAUCUCUCUCUUAAUCAUGCACCGGGGACAGUAUUUCUUCCGCAAGGCUAUGGGAAUGCGAGCGACCGCGACAAUCGUCUUCCUGUUUCUCGGCGGAUCCAUCCUUCUACGUGAAGCUGAGGGUAGCGGCGAACCGUGGCUGAAAAGCGAAAAGUACGUCGAACUCGAUGAGGAGGCUCAGCUACCCUGCGUCCUCAAAUCACCGCAAUGUGAAGGUCUGCACAGCAUCAAGUGGUACCGCGGACCCACGAGGAUUUUCAUCUUCAGCGAGGACGCCGGAAUUAUACGCGGCAAUAACGACAUCGCUGCCAAGUUCAGUCAUUACGACAUAGAAUAUUCGGCGAAUUCGUCAAAAACGCAUCUGAUAAUACCCAAGGUUCGGCUAGAAGACGAGGGUCUCUACAAGUGCGAAGCCACAUAUCUUGCGGUCAACCGCGAGUGCAACAACGUGCAGCACAUUAUCCUUAACAUCACGGUGCAACCGAAGUUUGUACGUGUCAUCGAUGAAAAUACGAAGAAUACUUUGAGUACCGGUGCCACUUUAGGACCUAUAAACGAGGGAUCGACAAUAGCUCUAUAUUGCGAGAGCGGCAAAGGCAAACCUGUACCUACAGUGGAGUGGUUUAAAGAUGACCAACUACUUGAAGCGACGAGCUCGUCGACCAUCACUGAUACCGGGUCAGGCACUGGCAGUAGUUUGCUAGAGAUGCAAAUUACACGGGAAGAGUUGGGCGUAACAUUCACGUGUAAAGUCAACAAUAUUGCCCUUGUGGAGCCUCUCGCAGUUGAUAUUAAACCAGAUGUGCACGUACGCCCAUUGAAGAUGGACUUGGAAGGAGUGGUUGGUCAUGUCGUGCAGGGAACGAAGAUUUUAUUGCAAUGUAAGGUACAAGCAGCGCGACCCGCCGCCAACGUGACCUGGCAAAACGGAACGCAAUAUAUAAGCGAGAGCAACGAGAGAUUCGAGAUGUUUGAGACGAAAAUAAAUGAAAAUGCGGACGGUACAUCGGACACAGUAAGUUAUCUCGCUUUUACGGCAUCGGUAUACGACAAUGGCAGAACAUUCAAUUGUUAUGCUGAGAAUUCUGUUACCCGUAUCGAGGAUUUGAAGCCGAUGAAGGAAACGACAACGAUUGAAGUGUUAUAUCCGCCGAUAAUCAAAAUGAAGCCAAACAAUAUAACGGUUAAUGAGACAGACGACUUUUUAAUAUUCUGCGACUACGAGGCGAAUCCAGCUACACUGAUAAAGGUGACGUGGUUACGAGACGACGAAGAAUUAGUAUUAAACGAAGAACAUUACGACGGCGGUAUCACGGAACAAACGGCGCUCACAGUGAAAAACGCAACUCCUAGCGACAUGGGUUCUUACAAAUGCAUCCUGCAGAACAGCGCCGACUCAUCCGUUUCCGAGGACGACGUAGAGGUCUCGGUCUUUUACAAACCGGUGGUGGAGGUGAUAAUGGAUCCGGAAACACCUGUGAACGAGGCAGAUCGUCAGAACGUUUCGUUAACGUGUGAGGUCAAUGCCGGUAAUCCGGCGAUGCUGACAGCCGUCCGUUGGUAUUUGGACGGUGAUCUAUUGAAAGAACUUCCGGACUGCCCGAGAAACAGCACUGCCAUGACAACGACAACCGAGGAAUCGUCGACGUUCUGCGACAUCGACCCCAGCAAGUUGCUGCUGGAAUCUGUCGGCCGUACCUUCCACGGCAACUACUCCUGCGAGGGGAGAAACGAGGCCGGCUGGGGACCAAUCUCUCCGAGCACGCCUGUCAUAGUUUAUUAUAAGCCCGGCCCGACAUCGAUAACGUAUGAACCUCGGCAAGUAGUGAAGAAACAUCCAUUAUCUAUUACUUGCUUCGUUUUGGAUCCCGGACGACCGAAGGUGUCGGGCUUCAAGUGGCUGCGCGGCUGGCACCGUCUUCCAGACGAGAACGACGCUACGCUCUUCAUCGAAUCGGUUAAUUUGGAAACCGAGACGAAUUUCACGUGCCUGGCUUACAACGAUGCCGGCGACGGCGACCCGGCCACAACGUUUAUCGACGUAUCCGCGGCUCCGACGUUCAUCAAGAAGCUGCACUCAUAUCGCGGUUACGUCUACAACUCGCCUAACGUGAGCAUCAUGUGUUGGAUCGAAUGCGCUCCAAUCUGCAAUAUUUCUUGGCUGAGAGAUGAUAUUCCCAUGGACUUCUCGAAAACGAAUCGAUACUACGUGUUGAACGUUUAUCAUCCGCCUGACCCGAGGACCAACGACUUCGAGAGCAUCCAAUCGACCCUUGUAUGGAAUCUGACCGUCUGGCCGAACGGUCAGCUCGACCGUGACGAGGAUAACGUCAAAUUCACCUGCAAAAGCAGUAGCAACGGGAUUGGCCCAGGCGUGGAGAGCAGCACUCAUUUUCACGUCGAGUUCCCUCCGGAAGAUAUCACGAUCUCGAAGAAGAUGAUCAAUGUGACAGUGGACACGAUCGCGGAAAUCGUCGAGUGCGACGCGAAAGCACGACCAAAACCGAACUUCCGGUGGUUCCGUGAAGGUUCACCCACCGACACUAUUACGGAGGGUCACGUGCUCGACUUGAAAAUGCCGGUACCCAGACGUAGCAACGGCACUUACUACUGCGAGGCGUCGAAUCGUCACGGUUCUCUGAAUAUCUCGAUGGUUAUGAAUGUGCAAUUUAAACCGGAAUGUCACAUAGAGAAGGAACGAUUCGAUGGCCAGGAUUACGUGGUUUGCUCAGCCGUCGCAAAUCCGAAGGAGACGGACUUCAGCUGGUCUUUGAAGAACGAAAACGACACGCUGGAGCAAAUCGCAGAAAUGCGAAAUGGGCGAAGUUACAUACUCCUCGAUACCUCGAUCACUAACUUCCGGACAUACGUGUGUGUAGCAAAUAACACAAUCGGCCACUCCGUACCGUGCGAGCACGACAUACCAGGUCAUAUACCCUGGUGGCAUCAAUUGGAGGGUAAUCUGCUGCUAAUUAUUAUCAUCGUAGUGGUGGUCCUGAUACUAGUUCUAAUACUAAUCUGCGUGGCCAUCUACAUCGUGUGCCGACGUAAACGCAGUCAGAUGAAAUACAGUAACCGGGUGGUCGAGCUGGAGGAACGCGAACAUCCAGACGGUGGACCGCCCAGUCCCACGGUAUCCUCGCACUCGGUGCAAAGCCCGGCGCAGCCGACGCCGGCACCGAGAUGGCCCUUGAAGCCGGGCGUGCUGGUGCACAUCAAUCGGACUCACAGCCUACGAUCCGGCGGCCUGAGCAUUCGCGCGAACGAGUCUAAUCUGCGUAACGAGCUGGUGGGCAAACAGAGCGACGAAUCGUUCAGACAGCGAUUCCUAGACGAGACGCCGUUGUCACCGAUCAGCUGUAAUCCGGCACGCGCGGUAUUUCGUCGCGGUAGGAAAGAUCAGGCCGUUCAGAGGACGACCAGCAUGACCAGUCUGCACGAGGACGGUAUGCUCGCCCGGGCUAACAAAAUAAAAGCCAUGUUUGGGGUACAGCUCAAGGAACAGGCCACUCUGCCCGGUAUAUCUCGAGAGAAGACAGCCGUGACUUAUAAAAGAAUCGUGCCACGGCAGCGGAUAUUGCACACCAUGGAAUCAUCUCGCGAGCCGCAUCGUGGCAAUACGUCUCGUAAGCGAAAAAAACCUGGGGCAGAUCCCAAUCAAGCCGCGAAUAACAAUCAUGUGAACAGCGUGUCGGAAGUUCUUCCCGACUCGGGGACGAAGACAUUCUACGAAAACUUACCUUUCCACGGGAUUCAAGCGCCUCCUAACAAGUUGGUUACUCCUAAGUUUGCCCGAGUUUCGGCUUUGCAUGGCACGUUGCAUCAUUCCUUCACGACCUCGCCGUGCUCCUCGCGGCCACCCAGCAGAGCUGUCAGCCUCUGUGACGGUAGUUCCGGCUACGAAUCAACCAUGAGCCACCUGGGGCCCCACUACAACGUUUACAACGUGCCCAGGGGCAAUUCGCCGGUGCUCAAGUACAACACUCUGAAGCCGCGACGACGCAAGCAGAAACACUCGCAGCAAUUUUACUCCCUGCGGCUGUGCCGCCGGCACGAGAACAUCCGCAAGAAGUACGAGCUGUACGCGAUACCGAUCUAUAAAACGUGUCCGCACAGAAGCGAUAGCACAGCCACGAUCGCGACGAUUGUCCGAUCGAUGGAGGACACGCCGUCCCUGACCUUAAGCCAGGGAUCGAUCAACCUGAUGAGCCGAUCGGCGCCGUCGACGCCGAUACCAUCGUCACCGACGACGCCGCCGAUACCAGCGCCGAGGACGUCCAGGAAGAUCGACCCGUCCAAACACACUUACCAAAAUGUCCCUCUUCCCGUUUUUCCGCCGAGAAACGCUUCGUUGCCUAAGCUUAAGCCCUUCAAGCCGGAAUUCUCGGAUCUCGAUUAUGCGGACGUGGAUUACAGAUCGUACGGGCCGAUUAAUUAUAAAGCCGCCAGUAUCGCGCUCCUCCAAAAGCAACAGCAGCAGCAGCAACAACAAGCUCAACAGCAGCAGCGACUUUUGAGUAGGAGACCGCAAAUGUACGGUGCUUCGGACGAUAACGAGGAACUGCUUUAAUCCUUUCACUUUUUUCGUUGAUUUAAUAAUAAUUCAGCCUACUCUAGCUUUGGGGAGAUGCAAUGAUAAGAUACAAUGUUUUGUAAGCGAGAUAUAUAUAUAUAUAUAUCGAUAGUUACUCGCUAAAUUCGAUUUUUAUGAGGUGCGCGUUGCCAUAAUAAAUUUAUAGGAUUGCGAUAUAUUCUCAUGAAGAGAGAAUUUAACGAGUUAUAAUUACGACUCUGCGCCGCGUAAUGCGUUUGUUCACACGAACAUGAUUGCUGCACAUACAUAUAAAAGAAAUUUUUUUUCUAUCGAAACACAAUCGUUUAUUGAAUGUGCGCUUAUAUUUGAAAACCCAAAAAGUUGGAAUAACGUUUAUUUCGGGAAUAAUAUAACUUCACUCUCGAAAAUUUCGUGGAUAAAAUUGCACGAAAUAAAAAUAAAAAAUAAUGCUUGCAUUUUAUUUAACUUUUAUUCGUAUCUUAUUUAACGAAUUUUGAAUUUUGCCACUCGCGAAAUGGAUGGCCCCAUUAAAAGUCUCUGCAUAUCGUUAAGACAAAUGUAACAGGGUUUGUUUCGCAUCCAAAGAGCCAUAAAUCUCUCGUGUUACGGGUAAUUAAGAUGCACAAUAGCAUAUCUGUAAGUACGUUUACACAAUGUCCCGUUGGUUCCACAGGAACGUCCAGAACAGUCUGUACAAGAUAAAUGUACAUUUAAUAUAUUCUCUUUGUACGUGUAUGAAAUCCGAUGUUAUUUAUGUUACGCUACUUUCUAUCAUUUUAUAUGUUACAUCUGUAUUGCAAAAUUGAAGACUUUCUCGGAUGGAAUUAGCUCACUUUGUUUACACACGUUCGAACAUUUGAAGCAAAGAUCGGUAAAUUGUUCGUUCUCAUUCUUUCUCGCACCGGCCAGUCGAACUCGGUAAAAUAUGCAGCAAAAAUUAAAACAAAAAGGAAUAAAAGCAAAAAAAUUGCGAUGUAAUUGUAAAUUUAUAAAUACCUUUAUACGAAAUAUUAUUGAUACGAUAUAUAUUUAUAUAAACUAUCGACAUGUGUUCUGGGAUCAAAUUAUUGGAAUAACGCGCGAGCCAUGGCGAUAAAUAAAAUCUUGUUAAAUAAUGAAUUAAGAAAAAAGAAAAAAAAAGAAAAAUGAGACAUAUCGCAGCCAAAUAUGAUUAAUCCCCAUCUAUCUCCGUUCCAUAUUAUUAUAUUAUUGUUAUACAUAUAAUUAUUAAUAAGCGUUGGAGUAUAUAAUUUUGUUGAUAUAAUACUCCCAGAUAUCUUCCUACAUGCGUUUGUAAAUUUGUAAGUUACAAGAAUAAGCUAUGUGUUGUUUGUGCACAGAUCGAUUAUAAAUCGAAUGCCAUCAUCUGAUCGCGGACAUAAUUCAGUGAUGAAAAAUCAUGAUCUUGUAAAUAAUAUAUCUUUACAACCGUUAAUUAAUACCAUUCUCAUCGAUCGUGGGUGAUUAGUUACGAUAAUAUCUUUCACCGUGUUGGUUUGAGAAACCAACCGAUCGCCGAUCAUUUGUGAAAUGUUCGAGUAUUUUACACACGCGUAAGUUACACGAAAAUAAUGCGUAUAUUAGGCACACGUUCUCUCCCGAUAAUACACUGUAAUAAAAUUACAAGUUGUAACGGGAUUCGAUAACGCCUAUAUCAUUGCGAUUAAUGAUUAUUUGUAUCGUUUAUAUAUCGUAAGCACGUUAGAUUAGACAGAACGAAACUCGAACUUCCAUGUGAUUUGCUUAUCAUAUUUUUUUCAUUCGUUUCAGCAUUUCCUCUAUUAAAUUGUGCUUUUUUUACCGCACGCGCGUAUUCCGCGUACGAUUCAAUCGUGUCGUUUUGUCUCCGAGAUUCACCGUUCAUUGAUAUACAUAUCGGGUGCCGCAGAUUUCUCUAGGAACCUCAGAGAACCCUUUUUCAUUUACGAAUUCUUUGACCAAUUUAAAGCCGAUUUUAUCGCGGAAAUUUGAUUUAGCACAAUUUCUUUUUUACAUCUCUUCGAUAUUUAACAUCAAACUUUGCAAGGAUUUUCAGAUUACAAUUCUACCAAAAUACAAUUCAGUUUAAGUUAAUCAAUCUUAACAAGAUUUCAAAAUUCGAACUUUUUUACUAUCAAAAUUUGUAAUAAUAUGAAAAAGGUGAGUAUCCAUCAAACUUUCAUUGUGAAAAAAUUUAUUUUAAAUUUAUCAAGAAAUAUGUAUGCGAACACAUAUGUGAGAAAUUUUCUAUACAUCAUGUGUUUCUACACUUAUUAAAAAUGUACAUGCACGAUCGAAUGGCUCCCAAUUUUUUCGAACAAAUACUGAAAAGAUAAUCAUUUUCUUUUUUAAACAGAUAUAAAAAUAUGUUUGCCAUCCUAUCGUUCCAUCUGACAAAAAGGCAUACUUUCCCAAUGUUUUAUUGCUCUUACAUUGAAAAUAUUAAGACUAAUUCUAAAGUAUGAGAUGAGUGUGUAUUUUGCAGCAAUAUGGGAUGAAUCGGACGAAACGUAACUGCAUCGGAGACAAUUAGGUUUUUUAAAUUGUAUGAAAAUUACUUGAAUGAAGUGAUGGAACAUGAGGAUAUUUCUUUCAUAUGCAAUUCGAUAUGCAAUUACCAUAUAAAAUAUUCAUUCAGCAUUUAAUUAUUUAAUGGUUUAUUAUCGUCAUUGCGAAUAUGUAAAUAUUAUGUGACGGUUGCACACAAUUUAUGAAAAAUAAAAUCUCAUUUAAUUUAAUCGAUUAUAUACAUAUUGGUACAUAUAAUACUGCCACUCUUAUAAAAGGCCGCUCUCGUAAUCAUGGUAUCGAUUUGAUCCCCUUUAUCGGAACACAUUGCCCGCCGGAAUUUUGUGGUUAACAUGAUUAUUUAAAUUCUCCAAUAUUUACAAUUAUUUGUUGGUUUUGUGGUCAGAAUUAUUAAUUGUUAGUCAAUUAAUAUAUCCUACGCUUUCGUAAAUUCCACGAGAUAUUCCACACAAUCUUGUUAAUGUAAAAUGUAUAAAAAUAGUCCCCCUCUAUAAAAGAGCAUAAAGAAAGUGUCUGAAACUAAUUUAAGAGUCGCGAAACGCGUGCGGCCGAUGACGACAUACUUAUACACCUAUUCGAAACUAGCCAUCUAACAUAUGCAAUUAAACUUGUAUGGACGUAUAUGUGUAUAACUUAUGCUAGGAGAGUGUAAAGCGAUUUUUCACCACUUUUUAUAUUCGAGACAUCUCUCUAUGAACUGUUGCUCGGUGAAUUGAAUAGUUUGUAAAGCGCAUUGUAUACAUACGUUGAUACCGAUUAGUAUUGCGAAUCGUGAUCCCAAGCGUUCAAGAACUGUAAAACCGCAUAUAAUAAAAGUCGAAUAAGCGUUAGAGUAUGUGUAUAGAUUUAACGGAACAUUUAUGAAGUUCCAGAUGAUCAUUUUCCUAAAUUCCACAAUAAUAGUGGUCGAUCAUUUGUAACAUAUUUACACAGAUCCCCGUCGAAGACAAAUAAGAGAUAAUACUGUUUAACAAAAAAAAAAAAAAAAAACAUUGGAAGAAUACUAGUCAUUUUCCACAGUUUUUUUUGACAUGACGUUGAAUACGAUUUCGGUUUCCAAAUUGCUCGAUCAUAUCAUAACUUUGAGAAAUUUGCAUUUUAAAGUUGCAAAAGAAGAGUUAUAUUCAUGUAUUUUAUCACAUAGAUAUGUGACAUGUUGAAAAAGUUUUAUUGCAAUCAAAAGUAUGUCAUUAAACUUUAUGUUUUCAAGAGGAAUUUGACUAUGAUUCAUAAUUCAUGGUUAAAUAUUACGGAAAAAUUGUGAAUUGGAAUGUUUGAAUUUUUGCGUAAAUUUAUAUAAACAUGCAAAAACUUAUGGAGAAAUUUUUUGCAACUUUAAAUGCAAAUUUUUCAAAAUCGACGUGAUAAAAUAAUUUAUAAAUCAGAACCAUAUUUAAAAAACUAUGCAAAGUAACUAGUCUUGUUCUUGUAUUUCAUAAAAAAAAGUUAUUUUUUGUUGAACUAUAUAAUUUGACAAGAGAUGUGCAAAGUGAAAAGUAUAAAUAACGAUAUUAAAAUUCUUGGAAAAAAAAUGUAUUAGACGUACGUAAAAUACCCCGUUAUAUACACAGGAAGCAAGGAGCACGAAUUACAUAUUUUUACAUUGAAAAUAUACGUGACGAUUUUUUUCGGAUUUCAGCCAUUUCUUUUUGAUACACACCACUGUAUGCAGAAUGCUAAAAUAAUAAAGCAGUGCAUUUAAAAGAUUUGGAAAGAUUAAUGAAGAAAAGGAUAACACAUUAGAGAUGUUUAAUUUUGUAAUAAACUCUAGAUUUAUGUAAUAUUAAGAGGAUUACAUUUGCGUCGCCUUUAUUGUUAACGUAUAACGUCCAAUAAAAUUCUGUUGUAUACAA